UCAACGUGUUUCGUCUAGUUUAAAAGUUACAGCUGGUGUUGUUUUCCUUUCGUUAUUCGCAGCCACAAGAAGUCCAUUCACCUCUUGUCUUUUACGGACGUAAACAUGAACGGGGUACUGUAUGUUGCGCUCUGUGCACUUCUCAUAAACAGCUGUAUUUAUGCAGCCACCACCGGCAAGGAAAGGCCUAAACCGCACGAAGAUCUGACUCUGUCGGAGAAGGAGCACACAGUGGAUGGAGAGCAUAACCCGGAAUACGACCACGAGGCCUUCUUAGGUGACAUGAAAGACGAAUACGAUGAGCUUCCACCAGAAGAAGCUUCCAGGCGCCUGAAGGUUUUAGUGAAGAAAGUGGAUUCCGAUAAAGAUGGGUUUGUCACCGAAGAAGAGUUGACGAACUGGGUUAGGGACGUUUUCAGCAAACGCCUCUUGGAGGGAAUAGACGAAGAUGUGAAGGGAAAAGAUACGAACAGUGACGGCAAGAUAACCUGGGAUGAGUACACGAAGGCGACUUACGGUCCGGAAGAGCUCGAAGAUGACACGGACGAGGAAACAAAACAGCUGCUACGAACAGAUAAAAGACGGUUUGACACGGCCGACAAAGAUAAAGAUGGAGCUUUGUCUAAAGAGGAGUUUGUACACUUCAUGCACCCUGAAUCAUCGGCAGAGAUGGGAGAUGUCCAUGUUUUGGAAACUAUUGAAGAUAUUGAUCGUAACAAAGAUGGUGUCGUAAGCUUGGAUGAAUUCCUGGGAGACUACCGUGACCCAGAUGACAAGGAAGCAGAAGAACCAGAGUGGGUGAAGGAGGAAACCAAAAGGUUCAAUGAGGAAUAUGAUAAAAAUCAUGAUGGCAAACUUGAUAAGGAGGAGGUGAAACUUUGGAUUCUUCCUGAAACUGAUCACAUGGUGGCCCAAGAGGAAGCACGCCAUCUGGUAUCAACUGCAGAUGAGAACAGUGAUGGCAAACUGAGUGAGGAGGAGAUUGUGAAAAACCACGAAACUUUUGUUGGCAGUGAAGCCACAGACUACGGCCGUGCUUUACCAAAGCAUGAAGAACUAUAAGUUUACCUGUUGGUUUUGGUACUUUUGGAUAAAAAAAUGUUUUUGACAGAAAUUAGCAUUUUAAAGAAGGGUUUGAUCCUUCAGCUAGUCAGAACCCUUCCUAUGGAAACAUAUUUAGUUCAAAGGACCUUCAAUUUUUCACUAGCCUGUAAUUCAAACAACUGUGUGACUUGCUUCACUAUUUCUUGAAUUAGUUGACAAAUGGAUCAAAGUCACAAAAUUGUUUCUUUGUUGGCUACUCAGUCACAUCUGUUUGUUGGGUGUACUGUAGUUUAGAAUGCAGAUUUGUAACUUCAUUCAAGCCGUUUAUAUACUUUUACAAGAAAAGAGAGGCCACUUUGCCACUUUUUAAAGUUAUUAUCAUAAACAAUCAAAAACUGAGAGGGGAAAAUACAUUAAUUUUGUCACAGGUGAUUUAAGGGUGACCAAUUAGAGAGGAUUUGAUUAAUUCAAUAAAGUUUUAAAGAUUUUAUUUAAAA